AUGGUUCUAUCUGUUCUCCUGUUCUUAAAGUGUAUUGGUGUUGGUAAUUCUGUUAUUAUUAUUAUAGUUGCAGUGGAGAGCAGUCAAAGAGGUUUCAGAUUAGCGCCAACAAUAACUGAAGGACCAGUGUUUGGAAGACGUAAAGAAAAACUGUUAAGACUUAUUUUGGAGAAAAGAAAUCAGGUGCUGCAAUCAAACUUGGGACAGAAAAUGAGUGUCGCUAAACGUUACUAUACAUUAGAAAUGUCACCACCAUCCAUUAAUGAAUCUCAGAAAUUGCAAGAAGAUGUGGAACUUGUUAAGGACUUUAUCAAAUCUGGAUGUUACAAGUAUUUGACGGUAAAACAAGCCUGGCUUUUGCUUCUCAUGUGCACGGAAGUGGGUUUAUGGUUUUUCAUGGGUGAAACUAUUGGAAAAAUGCAUAUUGUUGGUUAUAAAGUUUAG